AUUUAACUAACUUUAAAGUCGUCCCCCGCCUUUAUCUAUCAAGGAUUCACUUCAGAACAUAUCAACAUCUCGCCAUUGAAUCCACCUAUUACUCUGUCAAGAGAAGAACUGCCUGUAUUUAGACACAGCCAUGGCCUCUGCGCAUAAACAACCACCUCCCAUUCGGGCCUGUCUAUUCGACAUGGAUGGCCUUCUUAUCGAUUCAGAGGACAUUUAUUCGCUCGUGAUAAAUAAGAUUCUGUCUGAGUAUGGCAGGCCGACGAUGCCGUGGUCUAUUAAGGCGCAGUUACAAGGCCGUCCAGCUCCACAGGCCGGAAAGAUAUUCCAUGACUGGGCCCAAUUGCCCAUCCCCAAGGACCAAUUCCAUGAAAAACAAGCCGCACUCCAGAAAAUCCAUUUCCCGACCACAAAGCCAUUACCAGGCGUAGUUACUCUGCUCUCGGAUCUUGCUGGGACAGCGAAGACCUCCUCCCCAGUCCAUAUCGCCCUGGCCACGUCAUCGACGUCCAAGAACUAUGCCCUGAAAACCGCUCAUUUGGCAGGUCUCUUCUCUGUAUUCCCGGAAUCAAGACUGAUCCGAGGUGACAAUCCCCGUAUCGGCGCGGGGAGAGGGAAGCCGUUACCGGACAUCUACCUGCUGGCACUCGAAACCAUCAAUGCCGAAAUUCGAGCGGCAAAUAACGGAGAACCCGAAAUUAAACCAGAAGAAUGUCUCGUGUUUGAAGAUUCUGUUCCGGGCGUCGAGGCUGGGCGGAGGGCGGGGAUGCAGGUAGUCUGGGUUCCCCAUGCCGGACUGCUUGAGGAAUAUCGCGGGAAGGAAGACCUGGUCUUAGCUGGUUUGACAGGAGAGCAUAAGGAUGUUGAUGUGGAUCAUGAAAUACCGGAAGACCUUGAGGGACUCGAUACAUGGCGAGGCCGUGGAUCUGGGAAGACCGGCGAGGUUGGUGAUGGGUGGGCCCAUUUGCUGGCAAGCUUGGAGGACUUCCCGUAUGAGAAGUUUGGAAUAAAGAUCCAGCGCGAGAGCUUGUCGAACUAACGCUUAACUACCGAUCGGUUGGCUGUGAACUAGAUUUUUAUCUUUCUGUGGUUAGGGGUUGCUGGAGCCCCAAGACCAGAGAUUUCUGAUAGCCUGCCACAUGAAAGUACACAACGGAUACCCGCAAUCAUAGAGAGGGCGCCUCUUUAUGGAUAUAACCACUUUUAGCAUUUUUAGCAUUCUCAACCAGGUACGAUCCAUGAUAUGAUCGAUAUAUCAUCGGCAUCUUCAGCGAGCCGAGUUGCUUUUCAAUUUGGAAGUCCUCCUCAUAAGUAUCUGCCAGGUUAAGAAGAAUCCAUCUCAUUCAAAUCGCCACUAUACGGGUGCAAGUAUAUGUUAGAUCAUUACACAAGAUUCACAGUUUAGAGCUCAUACAUUGUGUCCUCGUACCUCCUGAACUACUAUCAUCAGCCAGCAAAGAUGCAAAGGCCUCAGCCAAGCUGGCCGCGAGUGCCGUCCUGCCAUCCACCCUCUCCCCGAUCAGCUCGCCCACAUCAUCAAUAAUCUCCUGUUCUAGCUUGCCAGUAGGUAGACGUUGGUAUCGUAGCUAAAGACUGGAUAACCACUUCGUGAAGACAAGGACCAUAGAAGAUAAUUUCACGCUUGAGCUAGCAACGUUCCCAUCCAUUUAUUAGAGAACAUAUGCAAAAUCACACCCAUAAGUAGUAGAGACAGUUUAGUCAAUAUAAUAGCUACCUGUAUCAAAUACCGAGAUAGAAUGCUCAACCUCUCCAUCCACUAGAGACACUCCAUUCUGCG